CUCAGCCUGAGCUUGUCGGGAGCAGCAGAGCAGAGGGAGAGCAACUCCGGCUGGGGCAGCGCUCCAAAGGUGAAAAUAAGUUUAGAGAAAAAAGUAGAUAUUUCUGAGUUGUGACUGACUUGAGAAGUCCAUCACCAAACUGUGCGGAGACAUUCUUUGAGCUUCCUCUCUUAUGUCUCUAAUGGACAAACACAAAGUGAAGCGGCAGCGUCUGGAUCGUAUAUUUGAAGUAAAAAUUUGAACACGAUCCAGGCCACAGAGGUUGCAGUGGAUAAGAAGUUUAAAAGCUUUGGUUCAAGAUUGCAGGAGGCUGCAAGAAAAGUUAAAGACAUGGAAAUGAGGAUCGAAUGACAGGCUGCUAUUUUGCCUCAGAAUACUGAAGAUUAUAAAGCAUUGAGAAAUCGAAUUCAUGACCCUGGAAAUCAAGCUCAGAUUAAGAAAUGUCAGGCAUUCGACCCCCGAUCAUGAAUGGGCCCAUGCAUCCGCGCCCUUUGGUAGCAUUGCUGGAUGGCAGGGAUUGUACAGUAGAAAUGCCUAUUCUGAAGGAUGUAGCCACAGUGGCAUUUUGUGAUGCUCAGUCUACACAAGAAAUUCAUGAAAAGGUACUAAAUGAAGCAGUGGGUGCACUGAUGUAUCACACUAUCACUUUAACACGAGAAGACCUGGAGAAAUUUAAAGCACUUCGAAUAAUUGUCCGAAUUGGCAGUGGUUUUGAUAAUAUUGACAUCAAAUCUGCUGGAGAUUUAGGGAUUGCAGUGUGUAAUGUGCCAGCUGCUUCAGUAGAAGAAACAGCAGAUUCUACCAUGUGCCACAUUCUGAACCUGUACAGGAGAACUACGUGGCUUCACCAGGCUUUGCGGGAAGGCACGAGGGUACAGAGCGUCGAACAGAUUCGGGAAGUGGCGUCUGGAGCUGCCAGGAUCAGAGGGGAAACCUUGGGCAUUAUUGGAUUAGGGCGUGUUGGGCAAGCAGUAGCACUACGUGCCAAAGCCUUUGGCUUCAGUGUCAUUUUCUAUGAUCCAUACCUCUCAGAUGGGAUGGAGCGUGCUCUGGGACUGCAGCGGGUGAGCACUUUGCAGGACCUGCUGUUCCACAGUGACUGUGUUACCCUGCACUGCAACUUGAAUGAACACAAUCAUCAUCUUAUUAACGACUUCACCAUAAAGCAGAUGAGACAAGGGGCUUUCCUGGUCAACACAGCUCGAGGUGGGUUAGUAGACGAAAAAGCACUUGCACAGGCCCUGAAGGAAGGAAGGAUACGAGGGGCAGCCUUAGAUGUACAUGAGUCAGAACCAUUCAGCUUUAGUCAGGGUCCCUUGAAGGAUGCACCAAACCUGAUCUGUACCCCACAUGCAGCCUGGUAUAGUGAACAAGCCUCGAUUGAGAUGCGGGAGGAAGCAGCGCGAGAGAUCCGAAGGGCAAUCACAGGUCGUAUUCCAGACAGUCUGAAAAACUGUGUUAACAAAGAUCAUUUGACUGCAGCUACACAUUGGGCCAGCAUGGAUCCUGGAGUUGUUCAUCCAGAGCUUAAUGGUGCUGCGUACAGCAGGUAUCCCCCAGGUGUUGUAAGUGUGGCUCCAACUGGCAUACCUACAGCAGUAGAAGGAAUAGUCCCCAAUCCAAUGUCUUUAUCACACGGCCUCCCUGCUGUAGCCCACCCGCCCCAUGCUCCUUCCCCUGGCCAAACUGUCAAACCAGAAGCUGAUAGAGACCACCCAAGCGACCAAUUGUAGCCUAAGAAAACAGCAUUCCCAACAUUGGAGAUCUCCACUUCAGCGCGUGGAAAAAAAAAAAAACAAAAAUAAACAAAAACACCCUGGAUUUUGAUUAAAGGCAAAACCAUGAACUUACAGGAGGAGACAACUAUUGUUUUAGAAACUGGUCCAAUAUACAAUAUAAAAGGAAAAGGUGGGAGACAAAAAGAAGAUUUGGAAACAUUUUUUCCUCCGUAUAAAUUGUAGUUUGUCCCUGUCCAGUGGACUGAUUCACUGUUUCUGUGUCCUAUGGGUUCUUUGUUAAGCAAGAGAAGUUAGUAGUUAAUUAUAUCAUGAAUGUACUUGUCUGUGUACAGUUUUUAGAACAUUAAAAAGGGUUUGUUUGCUUAGCUGUCGACAAGGAAAAACAUAAGGGAGGCAUUCAGCAAACCAAUUUUGAGAUUAAAAAUCCUUUCUUUUAUAUUUUAAAACAUGCCCAAAAAUGAGGCAGUUGGCAAACUUCUCAGGACAAUGAAUUUUUCCCAUUUUUCUUUCUACACCACACAGUGCAUUGUUUUUUCUACCUGCUUGUCUUAUUUUUUAGAAUAAUUUAGUAAACAAAAGAAAAACAGUUUCUCCUGAUUUUGGCAUGAAUUCCCUUAUUUCAAAAUGAAGACAACCUUGCAAAGAGAUUUUGAGGAAAAAAAGGUUUUGUAUAAACGAGCAUUGUGCUUUUUGUCACCAGUUAAAGUAUAUAUUAUUGGUGGUAUGCGAAAAAGGCACUAGACUACUGAAAAGUAGCAGCAUUUCAUUGCCUACAUUGAUUCCUUCCUGGUAAUGUGGUAGGCUAGCAAUAUUUUUGGUUAAAAUCAUGUUUGUGACUGUAACCAUUUGUAUGAAUUAUUUUAAAGAAAUAAAAAUCCCAGACAAAUA